AUGUCCGCGCGGAAGACACAGAAGGACAAGGAGGCCGUGAAGCCAAAGAAGGAGAAGGCGGUGUUUGACCUGCCGGGACAGCUGAGAGAGCCGCCAGAGGAGAAUGAGCCUCUGCGCAUUUUCUAUGAGAGCCUUUACAACCAGCGUCCAGACAGCGAGAUGGCGCAAAUAUGGAUGAUGGAGCACGGAUUGUUGGAUGAGGAUGAAGCGAGGCGAGUGCUGGUUAUCAAGCAAAAACGAGGAAGCGGCCGAUCAGCAGCAGCCACCCCUGCAUCUGCCAGAGCAGCCACUGCUGUCCGAGCCUCUUCGGCUGCUGCUUCGGCAGCUGCCUCCCGAGCCUCGGCCACUGCGCCCGGCAGCCGAUCUGGUUCGGCGGCAGGAGGCAAGGCUUCAGGUUCUGCGGCGAAAGUAGAACCGAGUGGGGGAGGGAGGAGUGUUGGGCCGAGCAGCAAUGGGACUGCGAGAGCGGGAGCUAAGGCCCCGACGUCUGGCGGGCGCAAGGCAGCAGUGAAGUCAUAUAAAGAUGAAAGCGAAUCGGAAGAGGAAGUCAUUCCUUUGAAAAAAUUGCGGCGAUAA